GCUCCAUGGCGGCCGGGUUGAGGUUGGGCUAGAGCGGGCAGAGCAGCCGGAGCUCAGCGCGGGGAGACAGCGCACAGCUGGAGCCUCUCUGGAGAUCAGUUCAGCGCCGCAGAGAAGGCCAGUCCAGUGUAUUUCUCCAUGAAUGUACGUCACCAUGAUGAUGACGGACCCCAUGCCGCUGGAGUUGCCACCGCCGCUGCUGAGUGGCGACGUGGCCAUGAUGCCGCCCAUGGUGAACGGAGAAGCAGCACAACAGGUGAUCCUGGUGCAGGUGAACCCGGGGGAAACCUUCACCAUUAGAGCUGAGGACGGCUCGCUGCAGUGCAUUCAGGGUCCUGCUGAGGUUCCUAUGAUGUCACCCAAUGGCUCCAUUCCUCCAAUCCACGUUCCCCCAGGAUACAUCUCACAGGUGCUGGAGGAUAAUACUGGAGUGAGGAGAGUGGUAGUGACCCCCCAGUCUCCAGACUGUUACACCCCCAGUUACUCCCCCGCUCUCUCCCCCACCCACCAUUUACCCCCGUACAUGCCACACCCCCACUUCAUCCCCAACUCACACACCACCUACUACCCCCCCAUCAGCCCCGGCGACCUCAGCCCCCACCAGUUCUACCAGCACCCCCUCCCACCCAUCUACAGCGAAGAGAUCAUUCCCCUCUACGGUAUGAAUUACGGGGGCCGAGAGGAGCCCUAUAAGCCUCAGCCGAAGAAGAUGAAGGAACGUCUGGAGCGGCAGAACAGUCUGAACAGCGCCCCCUCUCCCUACAAGAACAACAUCAGCUCCAGCAGUGUUUAUAACGGCUACGGGAAGAGCCAGGGAGGUGGAGGGAGUCCCGGCACCAAAAAGACCAGCCGAGGGCCCCGGAGCAGCCCCAGGGGCCAGGAGCCCGAGCAACAGGAUCAAGACACUGAGGUGAAGAAGUUCCAGGAUGUUCUGUCAGUUAUGGAAAAACCCCAGGUGUGCAGCAUACAGGCCCGAACAGCCAGGUUAAGGUGGACGCCCCCUGCUGGUCUGCAGAACAGGGACAGGCUCAGUAAUGGUCAUCCGUACUCCUGCACCUAUGAAGUCACGGUAUCAGAUAAAGGCCGGGAAGGGAAGUACCGCGUCAUCUACAGUGGUGAGGAGCUGGAGUGUGCUCUACAGGACCUCAGACCCGCUACCGACUACCACGUACGAGUGAAUGCAGUGUGUAACUCACUGAAAGGCUCGUGUUCGGAGGUCGGAACGUUUACCACACACAGCAGCAGUCCUGACUCCCCCCAACCUCCCAGACUCACACACCGCUCCAAACACUGCCUCACACUGCAGUGGAAGCCUCCUGUUGACAACGGAUCGAAGAUCACCAGCUACCUGCUGGAGUGGGACGAGGGCAAGAAGAACAAUGUUUUCAGAGAAUGUUACUUCGGGAACCAGAGACACUACAAGCUGAUGCGUCUGUGUCCAGCCAUGGCAUAUACGUUCAGACUAGCUGCAAGGAAUGACAUCGGGACCAGUCCUUUCAGUCCGGAGGUGGUGUUCUGUACGAGUGGAUCCUUGCCCCAGCUGCCCGGUGUUCCACGGCUUGUUCGGGCUGGCGUGAGCUGGAUCAUGCUGGAGUGGAGCCGGCCGCACGGCUGCAGUGCUGAGGAACCGCUGACGUACACUCUGGAGAUACAGGAAGAUGGAAAUGGAGCUGAGUUUCACCCGAAGUACACUGGAGAGAGUCUGAGCUGUACUGUAGAAGGCCUGAAAAGGAGUUCCCAGUAUAAAUUCAGACUGAUAGCCUCCAGUAUAGAGGGGAGGAGUGGUCCCAGUGAGGUACUGGUCUGCACGACGAGUCCAGAUAAACCAGGACCUCCAUCCAGCCCCAGCGUUCAGGAACCAGUUACUCCCUACAGCUUCACCGUCAGCUGGGAUCCUCCACAAGACAACGGUGGAUCAGAAAUCUUGACCUACCUCUUAGAGAUUUCAGAAGGAAGUGAUGAGGCAAAUCAGUGGGACGUAGCAUACAGUGGACCUGCCACCCAGUGUGUGUGUGAUUGCUUGAAGCCUGGAACAUUGUACAGACUCCGCCUCUGCUGCAUAAGCACAGGAGGCCACAGUCAGUGUUCUGAGAGUGUUCCUGUGCGUACCUUAAGCGUGCCUCCAGGCCCCUGCCAGCCUCCGAGGAUUGUGGGUAAAGCCAAACACAAGGAAGUGCACUUGCAGUGGGACUGUCCCUCCUCUGAAGGCUGCUGUGGCGUGUCGGAGUACAGUGUGGAGAUGGCUGAGGGGGAAUCAGACUCUGCGGUUGUUUAUUGCGGUUCUGAGUUGGAGUGCACUGUUGGCAGUCUGCUCCCCGGCGCCACCUACAGCUUCCGCCUGCGAGCUGCCAACGAGGCAGGGUACGGUGCUUUCUCAGAACCCACAGAAGUGACCACUGCAGCGGGUCCUCCGGGCCAGUGUGGGGCGCCAACCCUCACACUCACCUCCAAUACCUGUGUGCUGGUCAGCUGGGAGAACCCGGAGAGUUCGGGAGCGGAUAUCUCGGAGUUCCGGCUGGAGUGGAGUCGGGAUCAGGAGCCGAUGGAGCUGAUCUACAGCGGAGUCGAUACACAGUGUGAAAUCUCCAGCCUAACCCCAGCUACACACUACUGCUGCAGACUACAGGCGGUUAAUCAGGCCGGUGUCGGGCCAUACAGCGAGCAGGUCAGCCUUCACACUCCGGCCACGGUGCCGGACGUGGUCUCAGGUCUGUGUGUUCUAGAGUACGACCCCACCGCUAGCGGCCUCUACGCCCCCUCCACCUGCCUGCCGCUGAAGUGGGAGGAGCCUUGCAGCAACGGAGCUGAAAUCAGCUGCUACACCCUCACACUGGGGGAGCUGACCGUUCAGCUCGACACAUCCUCCUGCCACCUGCUGCAGCACCUACAGCCAGACACUGAGUACAGUGUGCAGAUCCAGGCAGUGAAUGCAGUUGGUUCUGGUCCAUUAUGCCCCCCUCUGCUGGCCCGGACUAAACCCCUGCCCCCCCUGCCCCCUCGCCUCGAGUGCAGCGCUGCCGGACCCCAGAGCCUCAAACUGAAGUGGGGGGACGCCAACAUCACCAAAGGUCAGCUGGGGGACGAGAUGCUCUACAACCUGCAAAUGGAGGACAAGAACCACAGAUUUGCAACCAUCUACAGAGGCCCAAGCCACACUUUCAAGGUCCAGCGACUGGUAGAGUCCAGCAGCUACAGCUUCAGGAUCCAGGCUGUCAGCGACGCUGGAGAAGGAACUUUCUCAGACGUUCACACUUUCAGCACCACCAAGUCCGUCCCACCUGUACUUAAAGCACCCAAAGUGUUACAGAUUGAGGGAAGCCUGUGUGAGGUCACAUGGGAAAGCAUUCCUCCAAUGAGAGGAGAUCCAGUCAGCUACGUUCUCCAGGUGUUAAUUGGGAGAGAGUCUGAAUACAAACAGGUGUAUAAGGGUGAGGCCACAGUUUUUCAGAUCUCAGGCCUGCAGUGGAACACAGAUUACCGGUUCCGUGUGUUCGUGUGUCGGAAGUGUUUGGACAGCGCUCAGGAGCUUUGCGGACCCCAGAGCCCCCCCACACCCUUCACACUCCGCAGAGCUGAGCUACCGGCGCUCGAGGACACGCCCACCAGCAAGACGGGCAAAGCGGUGGGCAUCGCGGGCACAGACGAGCGCGUCGCCGCCCUGCUGGUGGGAGCGUUCAGCGCACUGUCCUUCGUCAUCGCGUUCAUGGUGGAAUAUUUAUUCAUGAAGUGAGUGAGUGAGUGGAACGGUACAGAGCCGGCCAGCACCGCACAGAGUACACUAUAGUCCAGAUAGCCAGCGGCUCAGAGAGACACAGCAGACAUAGCUUUUCUGCCUUUUUUAUGCAAAUGAGCAUGUUAUUAUUGGUUGGUUUGCUAAACUAACUUAAUAUAUAUAUACAAUUAUUGUACAUUGUUAUUAAAGGCCAAUUUCUCAGUAACUGAUGUCAAUUAUUUACUAUAAUUCAUUAUAAUUCAUUGCAGGUCGGAAUACUUCAGACUACUAUGAAUUAGUCAUAAUAUAAAACAAUGUAGUCAUUGUGUUAUUAAGUUAUGGCAGUGUAAUAAAGCCAUUAGACUUUAAAAAUAAAGUGUUCAUAUUUGGAACAACGUCUAAAAAACAUGAACUAAUAAACAAAAUUCAAAUGAUAUUUUUGUCCAUAAAUAUCUAAAAAAAUCUUAAUACAAGGACAGGAUCGAUGCUGUUGUGUUAUAGUGAUGUUCUGAAGGUGAUGCAGUUUUUAGUUCUUGGUGGGGUUUUUGUUUAACAUGGUUUAACAUAGACUCACUAUAAAUACUGGUGCUUGAUUGUGUCUGUUAAUUUAUCACGUUUUUCACUAUUUAAAUAAAAUUAUGUUUGAUAGUCAUCCAUUAAUAUUUGCUCAGCUUUUUUCUACUUUUGUUUUUUUUUUCUUCAAGUGCCUUUUUGUCACUAUGCCUAUUCAUUACAACUAUAUACUCAAUUUAUGGAAAUUUUCGUUUUGUUUGGUCAUAUUUACUGUCAGAUCCAUAAAUAUUGGAUAAUGAAAUGCUUACAAAAGCAUGUGAUUUCAUGUCUCAAAUACUGUUUUUUCAUGUCACAAAUCACUUUUUUGUUAAGUGACACUGUCUUUAUACUUGCACAUUAUAAUUAUAUACUUAUUAUUAUUAUUAUUUUUUCACAAACUGGAAUAAAAUAUGAGUUUCCGUCAAGUUUCCCUCACCGGGGCUAAAGUAGCAUUAGCCGCUAACCACUAUUUCCCCAUUCAGAGAUGAGUAUUAUCAGCCUGUAGCCUACUGCUAACCCUGGUUAGGACUGCUGCAGCAGCAUUAGCAUUAGCCACACACCGCGCUAAGCUAGCGGUUAGCUGCUAAUGCCACUGCUCCAGCCUUAGUGCUGGAGAAUUUCGGGAAUCUAAGCUUACUGUAAAUAAACAGAAGCUCUUAACUCACCCAAAUAAAAAGGUUUCAGGAGAGAAAUUUGUGUAGAUUAACGUCCAGCACUCGAUUAACUUAAAAGAAAGUAUUUUUUAUUACAGUUUUGUUUACUUAGCUUAGCUUUACCUAACUUGGUUAGCUGGUUAGCUUGCAUUAUCUCGCAUAAUUUUAACAGCUCGAAAGCAAUUGGAACAUUUGUUAUAACAAGGCAUUUGGGCAAAUCUGGCCCUAUAAAUACUUUUUAGUCAAUUUUCCAUUUUUUUUUUGAGGCUGUAUAACAGGAGGAGGUAAUGUAUAGAAAGGCUUUAAUCCUGAACAGUUGUAACAGAUGCAAUAUAAGCAUUACAAACAUAGUCUCACUGUCCAAAUACUUAUGGAUCUGACUAUAUUUUUGCAGAAAUCAAUAAAAAUAUUUGGGCUGUAAAAGAAUCUAAUGAUUUAACUGGUUGAUUGAUUGGUUUACACGAAGAAGAUUUAAUGUAAUAUUACAUUUAAGGCUUUUUUUCUCUCUAUAAAACAUGCCAUAUAAAAAUUAUGAUAUUAUAACAUUUUCAUGGGCUGCCAAUAUCAACCAAUUUUAUCGGCUGACUGAUAUAUCGGUCAGUUCCUGUGCAGCGGGUAAAGUGUAAUGUUAUCCUCAACACCUUAUAUAAUUACGUGGAGCCUUUUAUAUACUAAAUAGACUUUGGUGCUUUAACGACUAAUUAUUUUGUGGCGAUAUUGAUAAAAAUCUAUAUUGGCCAUCGAUAUUGAACGAUUUUCAUCUGGCUUUUAAAUCGAUCAGGUCCUGUGGAGCAGAUAUAUUGAAUGGUAAUCAUCAAGGCAAUCAAACAAACCAUAUGUAAAUGUUUUUCUACUUUAAUGGCAGAUGCUGAUAUUUAUAAAAAGUCAUGGCCUGGCAAUAUCAACCAAUGUUAUCGUCUGAACAAUAUAUCGGUCAGGUUUGAACAGAUAUAAUGCAACUUUAUCCUCAAGGCAUUUUUAUGUAUAAAACAAACCAUAUAAAACUAGCUUUGGUGCUUUAAUGGCAGAUUUAUUUUUUUUGCCGUUAUUAAUAAAAACUAUGGGCUGUAACCUAUAUCGACCGAUUUUAUCGGCUGACUGAUAUAUCGGUUGAGUUCUGUGGAGCAGGUAUAAUGUACUGUUAUUUUCGGUGCCAUUUUUUUUUUAUAUAUAUAUAAAACAGACCAUAUAAAAAUAUAUUUGGUGCUUCAAUGGCAGAAUUGUUUUUUUGUAAAUGUCAAUAAAAUUCCACGGGCUGCCGAUAUUGAUGACAGUAUCGGUGUACUGAUAUAUCGUUCGGGUCCUGUGGAGCAGGUAUAGCUGAUUAUUUAGGGGGUUUGAUGAAGGUACAGUGUAGUUUAUAGCUAAUAGAUGUUAUACUAGUUAUUAUUAGUUAUUGUGACUAUUAGUUAUAGUAUUUACACUUUUCUUUUUAAUUAUUCAUACAAAUGAUUUUUUAAUAGAUAUAAUAGAUUACAUUUAUAUAUGUUUAUUAAUUUUUGACUGGUCAAGAAAACAAGCUCAUUUGCAUAAGAAAAAAAAAACAGAAAAGCUUACUUUCUCUUUCCCUUUCUCUCUUUCUCUUGCUCUCUCGAAAUCAAUCGCUUGGAUUUUUUUUUUUUUUUUUGCAUAUAUGAACAGGCGCUGGUUGGGAUGCUGUGUUAGUGUGUGUUUAUCUACAUAAAUGUUUCCUGUUAUUUUUGAUCAUUAUUGCUGUAAUUGGGAUCUAUUUUACAGAUAUUUACACUUUAUAAUAAAUAUUAUUAUAGUAUAGCUUUAAUGUUGCUAUAGUGUAAACAUCAUGAAAAUAUCCAGCAUAUCAGUUAUUUCUUUUUCUUGUUUUUUUUUUGUUUUUUUUUGUUUUUUUUUUUCCAAUUUUGGCUUGUGUUUAAGUCUAAAAGUAAACAGCUGU